AUUGCAGCCAAGACACUUUUACAUAAACUUGUACAGUAUUACACAUAUUCCGUCAGAAAUGCUGACAGAUUACUACCAAAUUAACCACAAAGGUUUUGUGUGUAUGUGAGGAGGAAAAGUGCCGAUGGGUCAUUUAAGGUUUAUACAAUUAUUUAAAUAGGUGUGAACAUUGUAAACAUUGUGAUUCCAAAGAAGUCUGACUCACAAAUGUUGAAAUGCAGAUAAACCAGAUCAUCCUCCUACACUGGUAGUUGAUGGCUUUAGUUAUAAACUAUGUCCAGUAUAUACACAGCGUUUUAAUAGAAAUAUGAAUUCAUCCUUGAAUGAAUAAAUAUUCAUCAGAGUUAAGCAGGAAAACAUUAUGCACAGUUCAGCCAAAGUGUCUACUAUUGAGAGGUUAUAACUAAUAAAAAAUCUAUUGUAAAAUAUGAAUAAAUAUGAACUAUGCAACUGUAUAAACAUCAGUAUUGACUAUAAAACAUAUUCUUCAUGAGGGAUAUUUCUAUGCUUUGUGUACAGGACAUUUCAUUGUGUAGUUAGUCAGAUCGGCCACUGGAGGGCGCCAUUGACGCAGCGACGUCGCUUUCCUUCAUCUUGCUGUAAACAGCGCUAUAGCGCUAGCUAGCAUUAGCCAGCGGACUGGCUGCGCAACGGAGGCGCUUCACGUCGGCUCGGGGUUAGUCUGAGCAUUUAACGUCAGCGCGGCUCAUGUUUACGGUUCACCUGGCUCGACAUGGAGGACUCGGACACCGUAGCCAUUCUUCCCGAGGACGCGCUGGGCGCCGCGUCCUCGCACCCGCAGACGAGCGGCGACCCGUCCGAGCACACACGGGAGGCUGAUGUCACGCCGCCGACCGGCCGCUCGGUGCGACCCCCGUUCUCAUGUUGGCUGCCGGCGUCCGUCGAGCCGGUGCUGUUCCUGUCCAUGUUCUCCCUGACGCUGCAGGCUCCGCUGGCCACCCAGUACCUGUGGGAUCGCAUCAGCGAGGACCUGGGCUACAACGGCUCCAAGAGGUCGGAGUGCAGCAACGGCUCGGUGACCCCUGACCCGCUGCAGAAGGAGGUGGAAACUUUAACAGCCCACUGGAACCUGUACAUCAGCCUGGGGGGCUUCUCUGUGGGCCUGCUGGUGGUGCCCCUCAUGGGCUCGUGGAGCGACUCGGCGGGGCGCCGGCCGGUGCUCGUCCUCCCCAACGUGGGCCUGGCGCUGCAGGCGGCCGUCUACCUGCUGGUGCUGUACCUGGAGCUGCCCGUGGCCUGCUUCCUGGCGGGCCGGCUGCUCAGCGCCCUGUCGGGGGACUUCUACACGGUCCUCGCGGGCUGCUUCGCGUACGUGGCCGACACCACUGACCGGAGGUCGCGCACCUUCAGGGUGGCGGUGCUGGAGGCCUGUCUGGGGCUCUCGGGCAUGCUGGCCAGCGUCAUCGGGGGAAACUGGCGGCGAGCACAGGGAUACAUCAACCCUUUCUGGCUGGUGCUGGCCACCAGCUUGGCCUCGGCUCUCUACGCGUACCUGUUUGUCCGCGAGUCCGUCCCGCCGGACCCGAGCGCCAAGCUCAUCACUCCCCGUCACUAUAAGGCCGUCUGGCACCUCUACUCGACGGGCGGCGGGCGAUUCCGCAGACGCCGGCUGUGGCUGUACACGCUGUGUUUCUUCCUGGUGGUGACUGUCCACUUCGGCUGCAGGGAGCUGUACGUGCUGUAUGAGCUGAGCUCGCCGCUGUGCUGGGGGCCGGCGCUCAUCGGCUACGGCUCAGCGGCCCAGCACCUGGCCUACCUGAGCAGCCUGCUGGGGCUGAAGAUCAUGCAGUGCUGCCUGAAGGAGUCCUGGGUGGCCCUAGUGGGGCUGGUGUCAAACAUCACGGGGCUGUUGGUGUUCUCCAUCGCCGACACCACCCAGCUCAUGUUUACAGGUUAUGGGCUGUGUUUCCUCUUCAUGGCUGCGACGCCUGUGCUCAGGUCGAAGUUGUCCAAACUGGUGGACCCCUCAGAGCAAGGUGCCCUGUUUGCCUCCGUUGCCUGUGUGGAGAGUUUGUGUUAUCUGGUGGGAAGUGGUGUCUUCAACUCUCUGUACCCAGCCACCCUGCACUUCAUGAAGGGCUUCGCCUUCCUUUUUGCUGCCAUCAUUCUCUUAUUUCCUUUUGGUAUAAUUGGGACCCUGCAGUGUUUAGACCAGAGGAGAGAUCACAGUGACUCCACAGGAUCCAUUCGCGAGGACAGUGGGCAGCAGGACCCUGUCAGAUGAUGACGUUUAACCUGGUGUUGUUCUGUGAGGUGAAUAGCUUUAACGCAGAGACAUCUGCGUCUGUCUGUGAUGCUGUGACUUAAGCUAAGAACACAGCGAUGAGGCAGCUGACUGUUUUUCUAUUCCAGCGAUGCAGGUCUUACCUCAAAUCUAAAGAAGGAAUCGACCUCCGACUAGUGAUAAGAUUUUGUCCUAUCUACAGUGGCCUUAAAACACAGUUUUCCAAAAUUUCAUUGUGAAAUUUAUAUAAAUGAUUUAUUUUUUUAAUCUUAUGGAAUACACCUUGUUCCAAUUAUUUUGCAAAUGAUAUCUUUCUAUGAUUUUUAUACUUAUUUAAUGCAAAUUAGUCACUUUAAUUUUCAAGUCAUCAACCAUUAGGGUAUAAUUAGAAUUUUGUUGAACAAACCUCCUAAUGAUAACUGUAUUUAUUAAAAAUAACAAACUAAAAACGUAUUGUUUUGUGCACAAUAGUUUGAAAGAGUUAAAACAUUUUAUAGGUGGUAAAUAACUUGGCUUUUGUUGAAUUUUCAGAAUUAGGGGGUCAGAUUUACUGAAAUCAAAAGCUAAUUUAAUCAAAAUCAUCCUAAUAGGCCACGUUACAUCUUAAAAUAAGACCCCUUCUUUGAUAUCACCUUCACAAUUCUUGCAUUUAUUGAACUUGUGAGUUUUUGGACAGUUUCUGCUUGAAUGUCUUUGAAGGUGCAUUGUCAUGCAUGAAGAUGAUUUUGCUAACGGUUCUUCUUCUACUAUGGAAGUUAGAAGAUAGGAGGUCAUUUUCACACCUUCCGGGACCUAUCAGCUCUCUCCCCAUGAUUCCGGCCCAAAUCAUGACUCUAGUUUAGUUUUUUGGGACAUGGUGGCCAUCCACCAACCAUCCACCUCUCCAUCCCUCUAGACCAGGGUUGCACGACACUCAUCAUUAGUGUUAAUGCAUGUCUGGGCCCAUUGCAACCAUUUCUGAUUAUGAGCAUUGGUUAGGGGUGGCCGAAUAGAAGGUUUAUGCACAACUGCACUCCUCUAAAGGAUCCUACACCUUGAGGUUCGCCUCAUACCUUGUUCAAGGCAUUGCACUAUUUCACGCUGUUCAGCAGCUGAGAGAUCCAUUCUUUUUCCCAUAUUUCAUGAAACCUGUGGCCUGCUUAAUAAUGUGGAACAACCUUCUUCAGUACUUUUCCUUUAGUUGGGUUUAUCUGGUAAACUGUGUCUGAGAUUCAUUUCAGCGACGCAAUACCAUCCACGAGUUUUAUUUAAAAACGAAACAUUUAAUGUUUAUGACACUUACAUCCAAUUUGCAUAAUAAGUUGGAACGCGGUGUAGUUUUGAUACAGUAUGUUUAAUUUUGUACAGUACAGUGAACGUUUAUAAAUGGCACCGGCACAGAAAAAGCUGUUUACAUGAGAAAGGGGCACACGACCUGGAAAGAACUGCAUCUGGUUUCACACAGUGAAUAGUUUGAUUAUAAAAAAGCUCAGGAGUUUGGUAAACUGCUUCUACCUGAAAUGUUAGUGGUUCAUUAGUGAUUUUAUAGUGCCAACAUAUCUUUUACUCUUCUGAAAGUUCUGAGUCUCUUUCUUUUGCCUAUUACAGCAUAUUUGUAUUAUUGUAUUGUACUGGUGAUGUCGGUUUGCACUUUAAGGAGACUCUCAACCAUAUUAAGUCUAUUCCAAAGUUUUUGGUACAAGUAGACUGAAACAUUCUCACAAAGUCGAUGUCCCCUGUAAUAGAGAAACCAUCCAAGCCAUCAGCAAAACCACAUAAGAGUGAAAACUGCAGUGAUUGCAGGGUUACAUCAUGACACUACCAGCUUCCCCUUUUCUGCCAUGAGAUCAUGGCAGAAAAGCAAACUUUCCAUCACAAACACCACUGGUACUGACCUACAGCCAGUGAGCACAGGGUUAAUUACCUCAUUAAGGAAAUAAGAUCUGACAGAUCAGAUUUAAAAUGCACAAAGGGAAGUUACUGGGUUGAGUGAACUACUGUGAACUGAGCUGUUUGAAGUUUGCUUUUGACAACCAGACAAAUGAUUUAAUAAAACCAUCAGUUCUUUAUUCUGAUCAUGAAAUUAAAUAUAUAAAAUAAUGUUGACAAUUAAACAAAAACACUGUUGAAUAUGGUGGUUAAAGUUGUUCAUACAUGAUUUGUAAUUGAAAUGAGGUUCAACAUUUCAUGUACAGAAGAUUUUAUUUUUGAUCUUCAUCAUUUUGAACAAAAACAAAUAAAACUGACAACAUUUAA